AACACGUCAUCAGCUGCUUACAUCUAUAAAUAUCUAGACAGAAGUUGUGUCCCCUGUAUUCUAUGCUUAUUCACGAACGAGAACAGAAGUUUUAAAAUGAUACAGAUUUUAUUAGUAAUUAUUGCAUUAAUAGCUGAGCUACCUCAGGUUAACAGUUUAGGACGGGACCCAUGUGAAAACUACGGCUGUCAGAAUGGAGGUUCCUGUAUGGCACCAUACGAUGCCCCAUACUGUGUAUGUCCUGAUGGGUUUAAUGGACAGUAUUGCGAAACAGCCUCGAACACAGACCUGUCAAGCCUGUGUUCUCUCAUUGACUGCAUGCCUAACUUCACCUGCAGACCUGUGGCCGUCUGCUCCAACUGCACACCUGUGGCACAGUGUUUACCUUUGACGUCAGUAGGAGAAGGUAUAGACAUUGAGUGCAACAGACAGAGAUACCUACAGGUCCUACUUGAGACCUCCGACAACACGUCCUACAGCCAGGUCAAGUGUAGAGGACCUCUGGCCACUCGGGACUGUCCGCAGGGCUCAGUGUGUGUGGACGACCUGAGGGGUGGGGGAACCUGUUGCUUCGGCAAACCCGACCCAGUAGAGAAGCCUGGGACCUGUCCGGCUGUAGAGGAGGAUUCAGUCAGCAUAUGUGGAGGAAAUAUUUGUAUGGAAGACCUGGAAUGCCCAGGUGAACAGAAGUGCUGCGACCACGCAUGCGGCAGCAAACUGUGUACGGCACCUGUAAUUGUCAUGUCAAGUCAGUGUCCUGACGGAUGUCCGGAGGGAUACUCAUGUGAGAUGAGACCAUUGCCAUGUCCAGUCGACGGUAUGUGUAUCCAAAGGAUGGUCUACGUAUGUGUUCAGAUUACCGACCCAUGCGGCGGCUGUCUUGAAAACCAGGUGUGUAUCGACACAGGCCGCAGGUGUGUCACCACACAGUGUCCUACCUACCAGUGUGUGGAGAACAAUACCUGUGGUGGAUGUCCUAGAGGACAAAAAUGUGAACAGGUGUAUCCGCCAUGCGCGCCACCUAUGUGUGAAACUGAGGACAACUGUAUACAGCCAGAAUGUAAACCAAUAAACACAUGUGUUGUUGAUACGACAUUUACAGACGAGUGUGGUGGAUGUCCAGACGGUCAAGAAUGUGUGUCUACUGGUAUCGUGUGUACAAAAGCUCCAUGUCCGAGUUUUCAGUGUGUGGACAAAACUAUAGACAAGUUUGUUAACUCGUGUUCCGAGUGCUCACCAAAUGAAGACUGUAUCCCAUCUGGUACUGAAUGCUUCACGACCCCCUGCCCGAGCCUCAAAUGUGUAGCCAAAACAACAACUACCCCUACAGAACCACCCGCAGUCUGUAACCGCCAAUGCAGGAAAGGCUACACCUGCGUCCUGCGAGAACCACCCUGCAAGAAACGAAACUGCGACCGUGGGCCAGUUCCCACCUGCGUCCGAGAGGUUCCCCAGCUGGCGAGCUGUGCCAAACCUGGUCAUAUCUACAACAGAAAUUCCUUCAUGUGUAAGGGGGAGUUUCUGAACCGAAGGUGUGACAGUGAUGCGGACUGCGAUGCUUACAGAAACCAAAGAUGUUGUCCUGAUAGUUGCAACAGAAGAGUGUGUACUACAGUCCCACGUUUAAAUUAACUCAGGCGGCAAAACAGAUGGUUUGGAAACUGUAUUAAGUCUAGGUUAAAUGAAAACAAUUUGUAUCAUUGCCUCAGGCAUGCCAUGUAAUUUACAGUGUCAGUUUGCCUUGCCAUGUUCGUUUUAAUUUAUAGUUUUUAUCAUGUUUGUGAGGACUGAUAAAGGUUUACAUUAAAAUUGUAAAACUUUUAUUUCUUACAAGUAAAAAAAAAUGAAUUCAUGUGAAAUCCAAUUUGACAACAAGAAAAUAUUUACACCUUCUAAAUAUUAGUAAAAAUAAAAAUAUAUAUUC